AUGACCAACAGCGCCGCAAUAUCUCUCUUCCGCUCCCUCGCUCGCGAGGCCAAGCACCUCAAUGACUACAACUUUCGAUCCUACGCUGUACGAAGAGUCAAAGUUGGCUUUCAAAAGAGCCGCGAGUUGCAAGGGGAGGAAGCGGCAGCAGCAAUGAAAUAUGGUCAAGAGCAACUGAAAAUUCUAAAGCGGCAAGUGAUUCUCGGAGACCUUUAUCCCAGUGGGCGCAGUGUGAUGGAAUCUGCCUAG